CUUAAUGCAAUUCAGCCUUCCACAGAUUUCGUUCCAUGAUUCAGUUUUUUUGUUCUUCACCAACCACGUUCUUCGCCGGAGCCUCCAUUUUUUAGCUCCGGCAAUGCUCUUCGCGGUGGCCGUCGUCCCCUGAACUCACCACUUCCCAGUCAUGGGGAUACCGUGGGACGACGUCGUUGUGAUCCAGCAAGGGAAGGACCCCGGCGACCCCUGCAUCGUCACCGUCAAUUGCCCCGACAAGGCCGGUCUCGGCUGUGAUCUCUGCCAAAUCAUCCUCGAGUUCGGUCUCCGCAUUACACGCGCCGAUAUUUCCACGGAUGGAAGAUGGUGCUACAUCGUGUAUUGGGUUGUUCCACAUCCUGCAUCGCUCAAAGUUGAUUGGGAGAGUUUGAAGAUUCGCCUUCUUUCAGCUUGCCCUUCAUGUUUGUUUUCCUAUUACUUCAAAAACUCCACGUGUCCCUCACCGCCUCCAGUUUACCUGUUGAAGGUUUGGUGUGUUGAUCAAAAAGGAUUGCUUCAUGAUAUUAAUGAAAUCCUGUGCAACCUUCAACUUAUCAUUCAGAGAGUCAAAGCGAUGCCAACCCCAGAUGGCAGGGUGUUAGACAUGUUCUUUAUCACCGAUGGGAUGGAAUUGCUUCACACAAAGAAGAGGCAAGAUUAUGUAUGUGAAUAUUUGAAGGAAGCUUUAGGAGAGAGGUGUAUCUCCAGUGAACUUCAGUUGGCUGGGCCUGAAUAUGGACAUUUGCAGGGUUUUUCUUCUCUUCCACCAGCUUUUGCUGAAGAAUUAUUUAGUUCUGAGCUGUUAGACAAGGUGUCUUUGCAUCCUCUCAGCCAAGAUAUGAGAACACUGAAGACACCUACUGUUAUUGUGGAUAACUCACUGAGCCAGGCUCAUACCCUACUUCAGAUCCAGUGUGUUGACCAGAAGGGCUUGUGUUAUGACAUUAUGAGGAUUUCUAAGGACUCUGAUAUUAAGGUUGCUUUUGGUCGAUUCUCUUCAAGUGUUAAAGGCUUUCGAAACAUAGACUUAUUUGUCCAGCAAAAAGAUGGGAAAAAGAUCAUAGAUCCUGAGAGUCAGAAAACUUUGUGUUCAAGCUUGAAAGAAGAGAUGCUUCAUCCAUUGAGGGUGAUCAUAGUGAACCGGGGCCCAGAUACAGAACUACUAGUUGCUAAUCCUGUGGAACUGUCUGGAAAGGGAAGACCCCGUGUAUUCUAUGAUGUUACAUCUGCUUUAAAGGCUCUAGGAGUAUUCAUUUUCUCGGCUGAAGUUGUUAGACAUUCAACACAAGAACGGCAAUGGGAAGUGUAUAGAUUUUUGUUGGAAGAAAGCCGUGAGUUUCCAUUGACCAGAAGCCAAGCAAGAAGUCAGAUUGUGGACAAAGUUAGAAGAACAUUGAUGGGCUGGUAAUCUGUUUCAGUAUCAAAUGAAAAGCACUAUAAGUUCAGUGUGCCUUUAUGUUAUUUAAAUCUCAACUUGGUUUACCCUUUAAAUAUGGUUUAGGUAGCAUGUAUCUAAUCAACGACAAUCAUGUAAUUUUAUAUGAUUUUAGCAUUGUAGAUCAUCUUAUAAGUUUUCUGUACAUUGAUUUUAUGUUCAGCAUAAUUCUUUAUGCCAAAUCUGGAUUUCCUUCUCAUGA